AUGACGCUCGCCGCAGUCGCAGUCGCAAUGAUGAACACCGUGGAGGUAUCCAUGCUCCACCACAUGAGGGUCAAGAAGGAGUUGCUGCUCAAACAGACCCGCCGAGAGGUCGAGCAUAUCCGUGGCGAGCACAGGGUCUUCGCGAACAAGGGGAGAGGUGAGCUGUCCGCGCAGUGGAAGACGAUCCUCCGAGUGGAGCCCGUCCAGAACGAUCGGCCCAAGGUCGCGUGGGCGAUGGAUCACAUCACGUCGCUCGGUAUCGACCGCCAGAGGAUCGAAGCCGCCAUCGAGCCCUUCCUGCAGAGCCCAGACAUCCCAGAGGUUACUCACGAGGUCCUGGUCAUUGGCAGAGUUUUGAAAAUCACGAUCAAGUUUGCGAACAACGUUGAGUUACGGCACUACAACAUGCAAAACUUCGGGUCGGAGGCCUCCGAGAGGGACUCCAUCUUAGCCAAGAUUAACAACGACCUCCAGUGCUCCCAAUCGCUCGUGGAGUUUUCUGUGGUGGAACCCGCGCAUUCUUGUGCGGUCACCGACGUGCUCGCGGCUCUGGACCGCAUUUUUACGUCGCUGCCAGGUUGGGCGCUGGCACAGCACGCCGCCACAGCCCAGGCCCAGAAAGGCAUGCACCCCGAGGUCUACUUGAGCCCACGAUACGCUGAAUAUUUAGACCGUGUAACGAAGGCGACGCUCGUGCCCAACUUCAGGUUGCUGCUUCAGGCCGAGAGCGAGCUAAACUUCGCAGGAAACUCCGAGGGUUUCGGGGACGGGGGCGAAUUUGGGGCCAGUUUAGUCGGCGUCUGCGUUUUCGAGGACUUCAGUUGGCCGACCGCGUUGUUCAAGAACCCGCUCAGGUGCCUCCAGCGCUUUGGCCUCUCGCAGUCCUUGGCCGAUCUUGAGCCACCGACGAGCGCGACGAUCAAGAGGCUGCUGCAACAGCUCCUUGCUAGCGCUCCUGGCCCAGACGGGCUACCUUACCAGGCCUGGCGGAACCGCCCGAAAGGCGUCGAGAUAUUAGAGAUAGCUCUCAGGUGGUGCCUGGAAGGGAAGGGGAUGUUCCUAGACUUCAAUGAGCUCAAGGGGGUCUUCAUACCCAAGGAAUCUUGGAAGAGUCCGCAGGAAAAAGAUUGCGCCCGCAGCUGCCUGUUGGCGAAUGCCCGCGCGCCACCUGUGCUCGCGGCAGCGCUCUACAACUCGCGUGUGAUCUCGGUCCUCUCCUACGUCUCUCAGUUCCUCCUCCUCCCCGCCACCUUCCUGAGGUCCGAGGCGGGGCACGUGACAACAGGGAUCUCGGCCGACGGCGCGCGCAAAUUUGCGGGCGGCCACGCGGUCGCGACCGGCCCGGUCAAGCGUCACUAUUGCGAGGAAGAGCGCAGUUUCGUUUUGGUCUUCGCCGUGGCUUACGAGGACGGCCGGGCGCCAUGCUGUCAGAGCAAUUGUUCGUUCGUCGCGCACCAGCACGUUGCCGAUGCAACGAGCGGCGAGUGCCCGAGGAAGGACGACGCAGACUUCGGAUCAGGCACCAGCUUCUGGACGAGGCCGGGAACCCACAUUCUGCAAACUGAAUUGUUCGACCUGGGAAAUAAGCAGAAGACGGAGCCGCCGACGCAGCGGGCCAAGAGCAUCGAAAUGGCCGUGGAGAUUGAGCUCAUGACGAAAAAGGAUGGCCCAAUGAUGCCGAAGGCCCCGCUGGCGAAGAUCUACGAGGCCAUCUUGACGGACGAGCGAUUGGAGGCUGCGGGGGGCUUGAUCUGCCUCGGCAGAGAGCUACGCGAGCGGAAAUGGGCACCGACUCGCAAGAAUCCCGCGCCAGCGUCUUCGCGUUGCGCUCCAUCCACCAUCGCGAAGGGCGGCAUGGGGCUGGCCAUUGACGAGGAAACGAGGCAGAUCGAGCAGUCCACGGGGCGCAGCCCCGAGGGCCAGGCGGAGAUGAUCUAUUUCGGCCGCAGGACCCUGGGGCAGGCGUGCCCCAUGUUGAACGAUGCGGAUCACGACAGGGCGAUCGGGCGUCUGCCUCCGUGCUUCGACAUCUCGGACUUCACGGGCAAACCGCGCGCGGCCCGGGCGGGCGAGAGCCCGGGCAGCGGGCCGCUGCGCGGCGACGGCGCGCCGCGGUGGCAGCUGGCCACGAGGCUCGGGCGGCGCGGCGUUAGCGCUUGCGCCCGCGGCGCGGCGCUCCGCCGGUCGGGGGGGGCGCGAGGCGGCCGCCGCAGGGCCCGGGGCGCUUCCGGCGUUGAGGAAUCACGGGGCUUCCUCGGGAUCCCACCAAGUCUCAGAUUCCUGGGAGGCGAACAUGAGGAGCUGGCCCGCGUGCUGGGAGAACACUUGAACGGCCCCGAUGACUUUAAGUACUAUUCGAGCCCUGGAGAAGACAUUUUCGACCAAAGCUGCCAGCUCAGAAUCAUGAACAUGGCGCACAUGAUCAAAGACAUCGAGGCGAUCUGCCCAAAUUUUUCGAUCAAACCAGAGGCGGCGGCCAAAGCCUUCAAGACGGCGGCGGCCGACAACGACUGGGGCCUCUCGGGAGCAGCUCUUGCUGCCUUCAGCGAGGAGAGAGGCAAAAUGCUGAGAUCAAUGUGCAGGCACUUAUACAAUCCAGCGAGGUUGUUCAAGCACGAUCCAGGAAAAACGCCGAAAUGGUACAAGGACUUGAAGGCCAAGCAGAACAACACGGAUGGCGAGGACCAGCGGGACUCGAAGGCCAAGCAGAACAACACGGGCGAUGACAAGCAGGACUCGAAGGCCAAGACGGACGCCCCUGUGCUGAAACGUCCUUCGUCGGCAACGCUGCCAAUCACGGUUGGUUGGGACCCAGUUACUGGCCUCGCUUUUCGGCGGAGAGGGCAAAGCAAGUCCGUCGAACACACCGCGGAGAUUUUCUUCAAGGACGACGUGCCCGAGAGCUUCGCAUGGGGCCGUUGGCCAGACGGAGAUGAACGAGAGAUCCCAGUGCUUACCAAGUUCGACUACGAGCAGCGCGGAGUCAUCAAUAAGGGCAGCAAGGCGAGCAAAGCUUUCUGGGAGUCCCGCACGGACGACGACGAGCGCGUGGUUGUGAAGCCGAAGCAGCUCGCCGCGUCGAAGGCUGGCACCAUUUGUGGCAUAGUGAUCGAAGUUGGCGGGUCCCAGAAAUUGCAGCUACCGUACCACGUGCUGGGCGACGAGGAGAAGACGAAGGAGUGGAUGGUCGAUAUCGCUCAGCGUUUCUGCAAAGGGGAUGUGGACGUCACUUCGAUGAAGGAGGAGAGAGCGGCGCUGAACCACAGCACGCGGAAGCGACCAGCAGCAGCAACGGCAUCGUCAGGAGCGGGCCUCAAGAGGCCAGCCGCAGCAAAGGUUGACGAUGACGAGAGCGGCAACGACGAUGGCACGGGCGAGCCGGACGAGCAGCAGGCGGAGAGCGAGCAGGAGUCGCAGGUCGGCCAGGAGUCGCUGGGCGCCAACGACCACGGAGACGCAGCUGCAGAGAGCGAGGAGGCCCAGGAGGUCAACGACAGCAUCCCGAUCCAGACCCCGACGAAGCGCAUGAGAGGCGCGGGGAUGCGCAAGCCCGCGGCAGCGUCGCCAGAGCACGAGGCCGCGGAGCCUCCCGAACAAAUCCCAGGGCCAGGUGGCAGCUCGCCAGGCGACAUCUCGCCUCGCACGCUGCAGGCCAUGGAGCGCGCUGCUGAUCCUGGGUCGAGCCCAUCGCCACGUACUGCGGCGGCCAUUGCCGAGAUCAGGGAGCCCAGCGACGCUGGCGAGGAUCAUGAUGACGAGCCCCUGCUGAAGAAGUGCAAGGGCGAGAUUGAUUCAGAGAGCGACUCCGACGUCGAACUGGCUAACUUCAAAGUUAACGGUAUAGAGUACAGGCGGGAUGAUACUGGUCAGUUUGUCCCUCAGCGCGAGCCAGUGCCACCGUCAAGGCCACCGAGGGUCAGCAAGCACGAGGGUUGCAUGGACCGCCAGCUGAACGAAGGGGACUUCUCAGAUACGCCCGAGGAUGACACGAAGCAGCUGCGCCGCGGCCCGAUCCCAGAUGCGCCCUCGGACGAGGAUGUCGACUUGGCGGGCGUUCUCACGACCCCCCGUGGGCAGGUGGUCGGCGUUCAGCCCCUUGGUCGCAAGUGGAGUACUGCCUCGUCUGCCUCUGCAGCCGCGUCCUCACUGCCAGGUACGCCGAUUACUGGUGAAUCGCAGCCACCUGCCAUCACGCCUGUGAAGACGCCCGCGGACGCGGCAGACGAGGCCCUGCGGAAGCGCAUAGCGAAGUCAGGAGCAAACUUCGGCACGAAAUUGCAGGAGCAGCAGGUCCCGACGACUGCGUUCGGCAUGGGCAAGGGGGGCAAGAUCGGCACGGAUGGUACCCAGUUCGACGAGCGCGGCGCGCCUCGCAGGAUGCGCAACGCCACGGGCGAUCACGAGCUGAAGAUCGCAGUGGAGCAGAACAACGGCUACUUCUUGGCUCGCAGCGCGUUGGGGAACCGCUUCGACACAGCAGAGAGAAACGACCCUGACCUGGCCAGGCGCUACAACGCAAGCAAGAACAAGGACGACUUCAAAGCUGAGUGGGCGAAGGAUGUGUACGCUGGCAGCCAGCGCAAAAUCAAGAAAUCUACCGAGCAGUGGAGCGAGUCGUGGGGGCGCAAGGGAAAGACCGUGAGCUUCCUCAAAAUGCUCUUCGAAGAAGGAGGGCCGACAGGCCACCAGGACCCGACCACGAUUCGCGAGGUCACCAUCCACUGCAACAGGUGCAUCGACAUGGGAUAUCCGUGGGUGCAGGUGUCACCCAUGCACGGAGGCAUCAAGUACCUCUGGUUCGACGACGUCUUCAAGGAGAACUUCCUCAAGGAGUGGCGGAAGACUUCCAGCCAGGACGAGCAUGCCACUGGAGCGGCACCAGCAGCUUCUGGCGAUCAAGCGCCGCCGAUCCCGUCGCCGCCGCCGACGCCGAGGGUGCCGAAGGUGCAGAAGCCGUCGGUGAAGGCCAUGGCGCUUGCCAAUAAGUUCGUGCAGGGCGUGCAGACCGUGGUCAGCUCCGCGACCGAUAUGGAGGAGACGAUCACUACUGAUGCGGACUACGAGUGGGCCAGGAGCGACGCGGUCCUCGGCAGGCUGCAGCGCGAGAGGUCGAAGGUGCAGGCGGCGAUCAAGGAGACGGGGCUCGGCAGGCUGCUGAUGUCGGGCUCGGCGCCGACGGAGGAGAUGGUGGACGGCCUCAAGAAGAUCGUGGAUGCCAGCCGCAAGGCCCACGAGUCGAUGGGGGCAGCGAGGCGCGCGGCCGAGGGUUCGCAGCCGCCUGGGCCCACGGGCAAGCGCAAGUGGUACGCGAGCGAGAGAUCUCUUGGCCACGAGCCCGACGAGAUCGACAAUUUCAACUCUAGGCUGUACGCCACUUGGAAAGACGAGUCGCUCAAUGCCCUAUUCGCAACUUUGGCAGAGGCAUCGCACAGCGCCAAUUGGGAACGUGGCAUGUGGACCAGGCUUGACAUGCAGAUCGAGAGCUCAAUAGGACACCAGUGGCACUGCCCUAAGUGCGAGGCGCGACAUAACAUCGAUUUCGGCACGCGACUGGAGAUCGUCGAUGGGGCGCAAGCCUGCGCGAUCAGGCAGCAGAACCAGCAGCAGAUGCGGCGAGGGCGCAGCGCCGUCGCGGCGUGCGGCACCAUGGCGGCCGAGCUAGCUGCGCGAGGUCCGCCCGCCGAUCGCACCGGCCAGGCCAGUUGUCGCUUGAUGUUGAUGGCAUGGUUCUCAAGACGGACCGCUCGUGGCACUUCGAUCAGUGCGAGUAGUUUCACGUACCAGUACAAUUCUUAUCGGUCCGGCGACACGAUCGUGGUGACAAACAAUGCGUUGAGCCAGACCGGGCGGGCAUACUACAAGUGGACAAAUUCGGGGGGAUUCAAGAUCAAUUUCGAUAUGUGGAUGGGCGGUGGUACAGGCGCCGAUGGCAUGUGCAUGAAGUACGGAGGUUAUGAUUAUGGCGAAUAUGGCGAAAAUAUUGCUUCCAAUGGCUUAUCUGUAUGCUUCGACUCCUAUUCAAACGAGAACGAUCAUGGCGUGGUGAUGGGCUGGAACGGUGGGAACAUCUUUUCACAGAUAGGCUCGGGCCACUGGGGUGAGCAAGUUCCUCUAUUCGAGGAUUCCACCUGGCAUGACGUCAUUGUGGAGGUUACCCCCAGCGGCAAUGGUGCGAAUGUGAUAUUGAAUUUUGACAACGGCUACUACUACAGAACUGCUUGGAUUGGUAGUUACUCGUCAAUCGUUGGCAGCCAGCAGUUGGCCUUCACUGCAAGAACUGGUGGCUCCACCAACUGGCACUACGUCAAGAACAUCCAGGCGUGCACCGCCGCGACGUAUUGGGCAAACGAGACAAUGGGGCUAGGAAGGCACCGGGUGCACCAGGGAAGCGGCCAUGAGGGCAUCGGGCAAGCCAUGAAGGCAAUCGCGUUCUUCUUUGGGGAGCACCGUUUGGGGCACACUUUGGGCACCGUGGCGUG